UAAACGACCAACAUACCCUCGGUCCCUCGCGAAUGCUCUUUGAUGCCCAUGGCACACCCGGGGCCACUGCCCGAGCUCGACGUGUUUGAAGACUUGGAGGAUCUCGAUGAAGCUGCGCGGGCCCUGGGAAUUGUGGUUGCGGCGCUCGUUGAGAGCGGCACACCCUUGGAUCCGCUCUAUACCAACACGAUACCCUGCCGGCGCGUUCUGACGCGACAUGAGGAUUUACAUCUGCUCCUCAAGCAGGGGCAUGCUUCAAGAGACUUUGGUGAGGUCGGGAAGCACGAUGCCCUGCAACGCCAAGUGGAUUCGACUGAGCUUGCUCGCGUACUGGCUACCUACUCUUCAUCUAUGGAGUCUUUUGCCCUCCAAGUUGACCCACACGCCAUAUUCGACUGGUCGUCAGAUACUGCAGACGCUGAGGACAAAGCGCACAUCGCGUCCUUGAGAAUUCCCGCCAUUCCGCGAAACCCUCGCACCCCUUUGCUUCUUUUGUGGAAGCUGGGGAGUUUCGCUCAAGACUCUGUUCUCAAAGCGAGAGUGGAACGUAUCUUUGCGCGAGGAAAGCAUACGUUCUUGGUGAACGCGUCAGGAACGGGCAAGACGAGACUGUUGCUUGAGGGACUCUGCCAACGCUGGGGAUUCUACAUUGUCGGCGAGACAGAUGUAGACGGCUUCGGCGCUGGAGACCUGCAUGAUGUUUUCACCAUGCAUCUGCCACAUACCUUUCAUUACGAUCUCUCAAACACCUCUCAAGAUCGGCGCGUCAAAGCAAUUCAUCGAUGCAUGGGUGGACUGCUCUUGUGUCGUUUCCUCGUGCUUGACAUGUUUCUGGAUGUACGAAUGAUAGGCGGAGGCGACAUGGCAGAGCAUAGAAGACUUUGGACACUCUUUCAAGUGAUCUCGGAAGCACUGGGCAGCAGACUCAAUAUCUUUGCAAAACUUCUGCUGUCGACACGGAAGCUGGACGACGACUUUAUCGCCGACUAUCUCUCCUAUCUUCUCUCGAAACUUCGGAAGCGACUUGGAGACGACUUCCAUCCCUUUAUAAUUCUCGAUGAGGCUCAAGUCGUCUUCAAUCAUUUCCAUGACCGAGCCCUUCUGCGGGAUCCCGAUGGUUCCUCUUAUCCGCUCCUCCGAGAGCUUGUGGACGGUCUCAUUGCGGUUUACCCCAGCGAAGAAUGUUCUUUUAUCGUCGCGGGGACUGAUGUUCCUUCUGAUGGGUUUUCGCGCUCUGCCCACGUCCAUCUACAUCGCUGGAUAUCGGACACGGGGGCUUUCGACGAUGCAGCCCGGCACAAGGCUUACGUUUCUCAAUGGCUAUCUCCCCGCUACACUCGUUCGGAGGCCGGCCAACAUUUCUUGACGCAUUGCUGGAAACUUUGUCGCGGAAGACAUCGAAUCACCGACAGCCUGAUGUAUUCUUUGCUCAGGAAUGGUUUCAAGAGCCCGCAUCGCAUUCUAGGUGCCCACUUCUACGUGAUUUCCGGGUUCUAUCCCCCCGACGACAAUCCUUUCAUCCGAGCGGAGGCUCCAGUCGAUGCUGACAUCAUCUAUCCCAGGAUCAAUUUCUCCGUUUUGAAACAUCCUGCCUACUCUCUGCGCGCUGCUGCUAUUCGUCUGGUCCUUCUUCGGUACGCAACCACUGGAAGCCAUGGCCGUCCGUUUGGCCUUGAGCAUAUCAAGCUCGUUGCAGAUGCUUUUGGUCGAUUCUGUGAUGAGAAUCGCUCGCAGAUUGUGUUCGACGAACCGCUUCUCGUUCUUGCAGCCGCAGCGCAGUGGUUCUGUCCAGUGCGAACGCCACAAUCUGAACCCUCCGAUCCCGGUUCUCCCAGGCCAACGUCACUGCUCGAUGUGGUGGAGCUCAUCUCGCCCAUGGACCCGGAAACAUUUGCGUGUGUGCUUGUGAUCUAUCUCGCGCACGCUUUCACGCGAGCAGCACCAAAAACGAUCUUCUCAUUUCCGCGUGGUGCCCCUGAAUGGGCGAAGCGCCCGUCGGAGCUGGUCAGCGUGUACCGCGGGGAGUCAUAUCGGCUGACCGACAAAGCAUUGACCUCUCGCCUUGCCGCUUCCCCAUUCGCUUCCAAUGAGCUGGUCAGCUGGCUGUCGCACAAUGAGCGACAUGGGUCUCCAUUCUGUCUCCCCGAUCUGCCGCACGCCGAUCUGUUCUUCGUGUUUCGCACUCCGGAUGGGACGUUUGUCCAAGCUGUAGUCGCGGCAUUGGGGACGACGACAACGCUCAGGGACUCGAGAUUGACCCAGAUGAUCUCUCGAGCAGAUGAUGAUGCCCUGUUUUUGUCUCUUCCUGAAGAGAUGAGGGAGAAAGCCAUCAGCGGUUUGCACUCGCUCCCUGUCCCACCACCGACCGUGGCUCGAAGGAAAGGGAAACGUCCGCCGCGGUUGACAGAAGCGCCUGUGAUGCGAGUGAUGGCGUCCUUUCCAGGCCAAGCACAUAUCAAGAAUGCCACAAAAUCCCGGGCCAUAGUCGGGCUGAACACCGGACAGUUUUACAAAAUAUCGGUGCAGAUCUCGAUGACUGACGCGUUCGAGCAAAUGUACCAAUCAGUCAUGCUCUCGCCGCAGUCUUCCGGGGAUAACCAGACUCCCAUCAAAAUUGUACCGCAACCUUCCCGUUUCAGCUCGCGCGCGCAGACUAGGUAGUUUUGUGCGUCAGGUAUCGUUACCCGAAUGUUCCCGCGCUUUUUGUUAGUACAAGUAGGUAUCUCGUCAUAUGCACCGAAGCCGUGCGAACGAUCUGUCAUGGCAGUCUUUUGUGGGUGCCAGCUUAUAGGCAGCCGCGUGUUUGUUCCUUCCUUCCCUCCUCCCUCUCUUCCUUCCGUCUAUCCAGCUCCCCCCAUGUCCAGCACAAGCGCUCAUCGCCCGACUCAGACGAAGGCGACGCCUGAGCUCAACGCUCGGAUCCAUGGAACUCUCAGGCCGAUUAUAUCAGCUUUCGAAGUUGGCCCUCACCUCUCCGUAUUGGAUAGCAUCAAUAGGAUCUUCACCUUCAUCGCCCGGGACAUUGGGAGAGACCCGGCCGAGCUGUACGCCAGCUGGGACCGCAAGCGCUCUAUCUUGCAGACCAAUCCGGCGCUUCGAGCCAAAGAGGAUGCGACUUUGCUCGACAAGAUCCUCGGAGAGACCCGGAAAUCUCAAGUGGCGGAGGUAGAUUUCCAGUUCGUGUUGGAUGAAGUAAUGACCUUCGUGAUCCCGAUCUCCCCACAACAAGCUGUUGCAGUGCUACAGGCUGCGGAAGAAGAAGUCAAGAACAUCUUGCGUGGGUUCCUUGCCCAGGAGGACCCUCUUCCGCUGUGGGAGCCCAGCCAUCUCCUUCCACAGUCCAAGUUUCUCAGGAGAUUGAAGAUUCCACGUGUUCCCGGCGGCGAGAAUGUGCCUGACAUGUUGCUUCACGACCUCGGCAAUGUGAAGAAGGACUCCAGCCUGGAUCGUGCGAUUCGCAAGAUCUUUCCCAGAGCUCCACCGCCUGUCGUAUCAGUUGUGAAUGCCCCGGGGGCAGGGAAGACAAAGACUAUGAUCGAGGGACUGUGUGGGCACUGGGGAUUCUACCUGACCUGUGCAGUCGAUUCGGAGGGACGGGGGUCCUGCGAUCUCUCGAUCGCAUUCAACGAGCACAUCAAACUAGAUCCGGCCUUCGUCGAGAAUCUGGAUGAAGCGGCAAAGAAGGACGAAAAUGUGACUCUCAGUAGCCUCCAUCGGGUCAACUGUCAGAUCGCGAGGAGCCGGAUAUCUGAGGUUCUCUUUGCUCGGAUCUGUAUCUUGACAUGGUUUUUGGAUGUGUUGAAGGAGCUCAACCCGGCAGGGCCACUGGAUAGUGCCAAAAAUAGGCGACUAUGGACUAUUCUUCAACUCCACCCACCUCGUGGACCCAACGGCGGUGAUAUGUUCCAGUCCACAGUCGAAAAGAUCCUGGGCCUGGAUGAAGAUCAUCGAAACAUGUUGACCGGAGAGAAGUUGCACACUCUGCACUCUUCCCUCAGGCUUGGUCUCAAUGAUCGCCUGUUCUGUGUUGUUGAUGAAUCACAAAUUGCCAUCACGACUCUAGAAAACGCGUUCAUUUCUCAUGAACUGCAGGGCGAUGCGAAACCCACGCCACGACCAGUCCUUCGAGAGCUCGGCGUAGUGUUGUUGGCACGUGAGAACAAUCUCGCAGUGGUGUUCACGGGAACUGCGCUGGCUCGGGUCCUUCUAGACGCAAUAAUUGCCUCCAAGUUCCUCAAAAUGGGAAAUGACUACAGGCCGAUCACUCAUUUCGGCGCCUUCAGCAAACCCACAGACCAUAUCGAUUAUGUGAAAAAGUACAUUCCAACGGAUCUGCUCGCCACAACAAGUUUCAAAGCCCUCUUUGACCGAAUCAUUUACUGGUUGCGAGGACGAUACCGAUUUACCUCAGCGUUCAUUCGAGAGCUUCUCAUUAGCGGAUACCAAUUGCCCCAUAUGAGGCUGAACGCAUUCAUCAAAGUUGCGACCAAGUCUCCUCUGCUCAGGACCCUCGGCCGUUUCACCUCGGAUGGGUUCGAUGCUACGGAUGGGGCCAUCCACUUGGAGUCUGAGCUGGAGGCGAAUCGCGGCGAUCCGCUGGUGAUUACCAUUGGCGAACAGCGGCUGUUCGACUUUGGAAAGAUCAAAGACAAUGUCAGAUUCGUCGAACUCGUGCGCACGUACGUUCCGGAAAUGUGCAUGCGGUCGAAGAUCACAUCCACGAUGAUGCCUCUGAAGUACAAGGACAGGACCGGCAGAGUGCUGGAGGAUUUCGGUCAAUUGGUGCAAUACGGCGUGGCCCGUUAUGACGAAAACGACAUGGGUGUGGAAAAGGACGUGCGGCUGCUCAUGGACGAGCCCCUUGCGCUCAGAGCGUUGCUGGAAUGGCUCCAGAGCUGCGACGCUCCUCUGGCAGCCAUAUUGCGCAAGGCAGCGGUCGGGGGACUGCAGAACCACGCGGGCAACAACGGCGUCGAAGAAUAUAUUGCGUUCUACUGCGCCGUAGCAUUCAAAUCGGGCGCGAAGCUCAAGGAGAUAUUCCACUUCCACAAGGGGCUGAAGAUCCCCGAAUGGGCAGAAACAUCGGCCGACCUGGUCUCCGUCUACUGCACUAAUCAAGAUUCGAGACCAAACGACCCCGUCGAAGCCCGGUCUUGGACCGCCGAAUAUGAUGUUUCGCCCGUGACCGACCAGUCGGGACCAAGCAACUCACUCGGAUACUGUGCAUCUACGAUAUCGGACACGCGCCGAUGGAUGCAGCAUUUGGAGCGAGCGUCAAUCUGCUUCCCGGACAAGUUCAUGGGUCCAGACCUCGUGAUGGUCCUGCGGCUGCACAACGCGCAACGAUCGCUCAUUUGGCUUGCCAUUCAGUCCAAAUUCUCUGCCGCUCAGGAGCUCGAGCCCAGCAAAUUGAAGGAGGCCCUCCCCACUGUCACCCCGGACGGUUAUUACGAGCGACGGACAAAGAAUGCAGUGUCCGACGAAGAGCCGCAACCACUGGCAGCACACCAGAUCCAGAUUCUCAAGGACAUGGACAGCCUUCCGAACCGGCUUGAGAUUCCCGGCUUCGACCGCAAAAACAAAGCGUUCAUGAAACGCAUGAUCGACCACUAUUCUGGGCCCGACUUCUCCCAACCUUUCGACGCGACCGCGGAUGAGCUGGCCGUCCUCGAUGGAUGCGGGAAACACAGCGUGCUGCGGGUGAUUGUGGGCUGGCCGUCGUUGACGAAUCUGCACAAUCGGUAUUCGACGCUCCUCCAGCACCGGUACUUUGACGAUGACUGUCACCCGAUCGUCGAGUUCAACCGCGACCGGUGGAACACGGUCAUGGAAGAUUACCUGCUGCCUGAAUUCGAUACUCGCAGGCAUAACAGGUCGCGGGGAACCAAACAAGACCGACCGGAUGCAGGACACGAGGCUGAAGAACCGGGCCCUUUGACGAAACGACGCAAAACCGCCCACGAUCUCGACGCAGACGAGUUCGAACUGGAUGCCGCAUUCGAGCCCAAUUCCAACGUGGAGACACAGUUUGCCUCGCAGUUCUUGCAUCCCUUCCGGAUCGGGGAGGACGCCGGGGAGACUGCGGCGUGGGACGAAUUGGAACAUGGAGGGAAUCCCACUGGGUCGAUCGCAGACGGCCCGCCUCUGACGGCCACUGAUCUCGAUGCAACCACGCUUGGAGGGCAGUCGGUCUAUGAUGACGGCGGCCACCCACGGAUCACUGAACGCAGGCGGGAUGGAACCGUGCGACUCGGCGGCGGAGAGGUGCACCUGAGGGUGCUGGGCCAUGAGAUAGAUCCGCACAAAUUCUGGGACACGCACAGAUUGGGAGGGAUGUCCGGGGAUCUGCCCCCUCUGAAAGAUUCGCUCCCGCAGCUGAAAUUGAUGAAGAAACGGGAGCGCAGGAUAUGGCCGGAGCGUGAGGAUUGGGAGAUCGAGACGGAGUUUACGCAGGAAGAAAAGGGGCUCCCGCUGCCAGACAGAAAGAAGAUAAUCUUCGAGAGGCUGAAGCGUGCAGCGGAGAGAUACGAGGCGUACGUGCGACGGAAUCGGCGAGGCAACCCGACCUGAGAGACGUGGGAUGUGGAGGACAGGGCGUUAGAUAGCUUCGUGACGAUGAUGUAGUCGAUUGCGUUUCUCUGAUCUCAGAGUAGAGACAUGGACCAUCCUAGAUGAAACUUGGACUGUCCAGCAUUGAAGGAGACCUUAAGAUUCCAGGGCAACAUUCUAGGGUCAUUGAUCGUAAUUGAUAUGUUAGAACCGUC